UGCGCCUCGGCUGUGCCCGCCGCGCGUCUCCUUCCCGCGUGUGCGUGAGGAUGCUCGGGGCUGUGCUGGCAUGAACUCGGGCAGGGCUGCUGGUCACCCCCCCCCCCAAAACGCUGUGUGUGUGUUCGUGUGUGUGUGUGUGUGUGUGUGUGUUUCAUUGCACUUUCCCCUUCCCCUCUUCAUCGCCUUUAUUUAAAACGGGGGAGGGCUGGGGGGCUGGAGGACUCCGAGCUGGAGAUUCAUUGCUGCCAUCAUCCUUUUGGAAGCCUAGCCUGGAAAAAGAGGAGUGAGAUUUAUGGCACUUGUAGGUCUAAUUAGGGGGGAAGGGGGGCUUCUGGCCCCUCCACUGGUUCCCUGUCCUCCUCACCGAGCAGGGGCCGCCUCCUCCAGAGCCGUGGCCUUGUUUUCACCCCUCUACUUUGAAAGGAAAGUUUGUGACUGAGCCGUGCUUUCAUAGUUGUGCAUUUUUUUUAAAGCAUGAUCCUCGUUUUAUUUCUUCAUCAAACUCCACCCUCUGCUUAAAUACUGCAUACAAAUUACAAUUUACAACGGCAUUUACCGAUGCUUCUGAUUUGGCCAUAAUGCAUAGGCUGCAGCUGGCAUGAGCUUCCACAUCAUUUAAUCCCUGUGUUGUAUGGGUUUGUGUUGGGUGUUUUUUUUUAAUGCAACUUUUGAUGUUGUAUUUGGAUAUGGUUCAUGUUCAUGUGGCAAGAGAUGCAGCACUUUUCUGAUAAAUAUAUUUAGCCGUGUACAGUUAAAGUUUAUCUCCUAACAAUCGUUAAAGAUGGCUUAAAGUCAAAUUAGCGAACCAGUCAAUUUUGCAGAAUGUAGAUUGCUACUUCUGGCAAUUGACUUUAAAAUUAUAUCUUAUAUACCACAUGAAAAGAAAUUGAAUUCCUUCAGAUAUCAAGGAGCAGGCAAACAUGACGACUUCAUUUCUAGCUCCAGGGAGAUUGUGUAGGCAUCUGAAAAACAACAACAACAACAACAACUUUGAAUUGUGCUUUCAGUUAAUUGAAAAAUAACUGCCAAUUUCAAAACUAUAAUUAGAAAAAAGUAUUCUAGCCAUUAUGUUUCAAGAGCUUAAAUUUCACUGGAACUUGCAUUAAAAUUAGAAUCAAUGCAAACAUAAAGGGGGAACAUGUACAACCUGAACUAAGACAGCUACAUGGACAUGGACAUAUCUAUAUUAAUUUGUUUGGGGGGAGAGUUGAGUAGCCCUAACUUUUCCUAAAGUUGCUUUGUUUACAUGGCAAUUUAAAACGCUGGCACUGUUGAAGUAAAACAUACACAUUAGAGGGGGGAAAAAAAAAACUUUGGUCAGCUUUACGAACUCAAAGCUUGCUUACGUUUUGCAUUCAGAUGGUUAAUGAAUCCAGUGUUUUUGCAGUUGCAAGCUGGUGCAUUCACUGGGCAAAAGCUGGCUGCAGGUUGCAGUGGCACCGCGCAGGACAGACAUUAAUUAUAUUUCCCACUUUUUUCAAUAAUGUUUGGCUACUCGGUUCAGCGAGGAAGAAUGCCUCCUACCCAGCCCAAUCCAGGCCAGUACGCACUCACCAACGGGGACCCCCUCAACGGCCACUGCUACCUGUCUGGCUACAUCUCGCUGCUGCUGCGCGCCGAGCCCUACCCAACGUCGCGCUACGGCAGCCAGUGCAUGCAGCCCAAUAACAUCAUGGGCAUCGAGAACAUUUGCGAGCUGGCCGCGCGCCUGCUCUUCAGCGCCGUCGAGUGGGCCCGCAACAUCCCCUUCUUCCCGGACCUGCAGAUCACCGACCAAGUGUCCCUGCUGCGUCUCACCUGGAGCGAGCUAUUCGUGCUCAACGCGGCCCAGUGCUCCAUGCCGCUGCACGUGGCGCCGCUGCUGGCAGCCGCCGGCCUGCACGCCUCGCCCAUGUCCGCCGACCGCGUCGUGGCCUUCAUGGACCACAUCCGCAUCUUCCAGGAGCAAGUGGAGAAGCUCAAGGCGCUGCACGUCGACUCGGCCGAGUACAGCUGCCUCAAGGCCAUCGUGCUGUUCACGUCAGACGCCUGUGGCCUGUCGGAUGCCGCCCACAUCGAGAGCCUGCAGGAGAAGUCGCAGUGCGCGCUGGAGGAGUAUGUGAGGAGCCAGUACCCGAACCAGCCCAGCCGCUUCGGCAAACUGCUGCUGCGGCUGCCGUCGCUGCGCACCGUGUCCUCCUCUGUCAUCGAGCAGCUCUUCUUCGUCCGUUUGGUAGGUAAAACCCCCAUCGAAACUCUCAUCCGCGAUAUGCUGCUAUCCGGGAGCAGCUUCAACUGGCCUUACAUGUCCAUCCAGUGCUCCUAGACCUUGGGCGCUACCCGCCUGCCCCCGCCCCCCGCUUAGAGACUCUGAGGACGCGCCGGGGGCCAAGGACUGCGAAGCCUCCUCGGGGACACCGGGCGGCUGACCCGGGUGCGGUGGGCCAGGCAGGCCGGGCAGGGGGUGGGGAGGAGGGCCAGGGCAAUAGCAGCCCACCCUGCAGACAUGCAACCCGAGCUGCAAACCAGGAGAAAAAGACUCUUUUAGGAUCAGAUCUGUGAGCACGAUGGAAAAGAAAGGAAAAGGACCUUGUGUCGUGGUGAGGAAAAGAGGAAAAAAAAAAUGUUGGAAGAGAGGACCAUGAGAAUUUUAAUAAACCAGAAGGAGACGAAUGGACCUUCCAGGAUUUAUUGUGGACGGAUGUGGAUAUAUUCUGUACAGAAAACAACACAUAUGGAAGUGGACUGAAUCCUAUGUAGAAACACACACACACCGAACAUUCUUAUUCAUUUUGUAAAAUACUAGUCUUUAUUUUCAUUUUUUGUAAAAUUUAAACAUCGUAUGCGCAUAAAGAAAAAAAAGGAAACAAGAAUUAGGGGAAAAUAACAUUUUCCAAAUAAUUAUAAAAAAAACUGUCCUGUGUCUAUGUAUCUAUAUCUGUUUUGUAUUUUUUUCUGGUUCCAAACCAGAUUUCCUGUGAUUCUAUACUAAUAAUUUUUGAUAUAACCCUUUGCUUCUUAUAAUGAGUGCGAUAUAUGUUGUCCAGGCUGUUCUUCAAGAAUUAAAAUUGAAGUGAAAAUUUAAACAAAAAUAAAAGAAUUUAGCAAAA